AUGUCAAACGUUAGAGUUUAUCUUAAACUUUUAUACACACCUCAGUCUUUGCAAUUGGAAUUACAAUUGAGAACCUUGAAGAAUUUGCUUGAAAGCAUUAGUGAAGAUAAACCAGUACCCUUUGUGAUAAUUCAGCGUAUCCAAAAGGAAAUUGAUAAUAUUAAAGAUUUUAUCAGAUUUCAUAAGUUAAGACUAACUAUUGAGGAAAUACUUGAAUACGUGAAUAACAAAAUAGUUAAUGAUAAUAAUCCAGAUCCAUCUUGUACUGAGUGUUAUCCGAUAACAGAACAACCUUCAGAAGCAUUUGAGAACUUUUGGUAUUUCUGGAUAGUUUAUGCAAUAAAAGGAGAACAAUUUAAUAGUAUAACUGUUAGAGCUAUUGAAAAGGCACUCACAUUAGAAGAAAACUCAGAAGCAUUAGGAAAGUACUUUGAAUUAAUUAUACAAUCGAUUAGAUACCAAUCACUUGCUCAGGAACUUUUAGAAUCAUCACUUGCAGAUUUAAAAAGUGCUUGGCAUAGUUACUUAGAAUUUGACUGUUGGGAAUUUGAGACAUCAGUAAAAUCAGGAACUAAUUCUAAGAAUAAUUCAAAAGGAACUUCUAGAAGAACAUCUCGAAAGUCUUCUAACGCAUCAAAAAUGGAUGGAGAUACAUUCAAUGUAGAUACCUCAACAUCUAAUAGAAGGAUAUCUGAAAAUCAAGCUGUUCCGCAUAGAGAAUAG